AUCUUUUUAUCCUUGCUCACUAGAUUAAAAUAGUACCCCACGCCGCACCUCCGACAAUUACGCACUAGUUUUUUUCUGAACGGUCAGAGACUGAACAAAACCGCGUUUCGGGCAGUGUAGGAUGCUUGAUGCGUACAGCGGAGCAGCAGCUCAUAGCUCGUGCAAACCGGUGGUGAGACUGAGACGCUCUUCAGGCUCCAUCACCGGCGGAGCGAUACCACCAUCUCCUCUCACCCCCGGUUUGUAAAACUGAGAGUGUGUGGCUCACUGUACCUGAGCGAAUGUGCCCGUCUUGUACAAUCGAAAAGGGGGGCAGAGGAUCACAACUAAACCAAGGGAGCUGUCUCUAAUGCUCUGAAAUGCAGAGCCAUAUCGCCCUCGCAUCAAGAAUGAUCUCCCUGGGCUGCCUGCUGCGGUUGUUUUGCAACUGAUGAAGAUUUUCAUUUUUAUUUUGAUGCGCUUCUGUGGAUGUCUUUGAUUAUGUUUAUUCUGGUGCUCUGUUGUAGUGCGUGAGUUAUUGUCGGCACUGGCGAGCCGGAGCUGUUGUCGGGGCUCGUUGACAUGCAUUCCCCCUGAGCUCAGCGACGCCUCCCUCGGUGGUGUGGUGUCAGGAUGCCAGUGCAGGCGGCCCAGUGGACAGAGUUUCUGUCCUGUCCCAUCUGCUACAAUGAGUUUGACAGCAGCGGCCAUCAGCCCAUCAGCCUGGGCUGCUCCCACACUGUGUGUAAGACCUGCCUACACAAACUGCACCGCAAGGCCUGCCCCUUUGAUCAGACGCCAAUCAGCACCGAUAUCGACCUGCUGCCAGUCAACUGUGCCCUGCUGCAGCUGGUUGGUGCUCAGGUCCCAGAUGUGCAGCUCGUGAGCCUGAGCAGUGCACCAGAAGUUGAGAACUACGAGGUGUGCAAGGUGUGCGUGGAAGAACUGGCUCUGUACCUAAAACCUAUCAGCGGAGCAAAAGAGCUGUCACCAUUUGCAGGUGUGGCGAAUCUGAGUCCGAGCGUGCUCAGCCGGCCAAUGCAGAGGAAGCUGGUGACCUUGGUGAACUGCCAGCUGGUGGAGGAGGAGGGCCGUGUGCGGGCGGUGCGGGCAGGCCGGUCGCUGGGGGAACGAACCGUAACCGAGCUCAUCCUGCAACACCAGAACCCCCAGCAGCUCUCUGCCAACCUCUGGGCAGCAGUGAGAGCGCGGGGCUGCCAGUUCCUGGGACCUGCUAUGCAAGAAGAUGCUCUGAAGCUAGUUUUACUGGCUCUGGAGGAUGGCUCAGCUUUGUCCAGGAAGGUGUUGGUGUUGUUCGUAGUCCAAAAACUAGAGGCUCGGUUCCCCCAGGCCUCCAAAACCAGCAUAGGGCACGUGGUGCAGCUUCUCUACAGGGCUUCCUGUUUCAAGGUGACUAAGCGUGAUGAAGACUCCUCACUGAUGCAGCUGAAAGAAGAGUUUCGAACGUAUGAAGCUCUCCGCAGAGAGCAUGACGCUCAGAUUGUCCACAUUGCCAUGGAGGCGGGCCUACGAAUUUCACCUGAGCAGUGGUCUUCUCUGCUGUACGGAGACCUGGUUCACAAGUCACAUAUGCAGUCUAUUAUUGACAAGUUGCAGUCUCCAGAGUCAUUUGCAAAGAGCGUUCAGGAGCUGACGAUUGUUUUGCAGAGGACGGGAGACCCAGCCAACCUCACCAGCCUUAGACCACACCUAGAGCUACUAGCCAACAUAGACCACAACCCAGAUGCCCCGGCACCAUCAUGGGAAGAGCUGGAAAGUGUGAUGCUGGCUGUGAAGAUGGUGGUUCAUGGGCUAGUGGAAUUCAUACAGAACUUUAGCAAGAAGAGCCACGAUGCUCCCCAGCCUCAGGCCAACAGCAAGUACAAGACCAGCAUGUGCCGAGACCUUCGUCAGCAGGGAGGCUGUCCCAGAGGAACCAACUGUACAUUUGCACACACACAGGAUGAGCUGGAGAAAUUUAGACUGAGAAACAAGAAGAGCAGCAGCGUAGGCUGUGCAUUCCCAUUAGCACCUGGGGUUAUGGGUAAAACCUUCACCAUGGAGGGCAGCAUCCACUCAGAUGUAUCUGCAGGCAUGGGGCAGGGGCUCGAUGGCACAGGGGAGAACACAGACUCCCUGACAGAGGGAAUGCCCGGCCUGACUCACCCCCAACUGAUCUCCAGAGGGGCUGACAUGAUGGAGGAAAUGAAUAGAGCGGUGCCAAAUGGAUCCAAUGAUGCUAAAGGGUGCAACGGGCUAACCACCAGAAACUCAUCAGGGUCCACUGAGCAGAAGCCCAUCUCACCUCCCAGGACUCCAGUCAGCCACUCCGCAGCAUCGUCUCCCUUGACAACAGUUGGGCGGGUUGAUGGUGGAACUCUUAUGCCCAAACAUGGUCAGUUCAUGCUGCGUGCACCACAUCCUUCUCAGGCGUCAGAGCUGUACUAUCAGGAGUCCCACUCUGCAUACGAGUCACCUCAUUAUCAACCAAACUCAGGUUCCUACUACCAAUCAACUCUUCAUCCUCCUCACAAACCCUGCAUGGCUCGCUUUCUUCGAUCCACCAACGUCCCAGAAUCCUCUCUGCCACCCUCAGUUGGCCCUCCAUCAUCUUCCUACCCCAGUGACCCUCAAGCAUCACACCCACCUUCCUCCUCUUCUUCGGGGUACCCACCACACCUGCCUAGAGAUCGGAUGGGACCUACUGCCUUCCAUCACCACCCGGGUCAGCCUCAGUAUGGGCCUCUGGCUCCUGCUCAUGGUGUUUAUGCUCCCCUCUAUGACAGCAGGAGAGUAUGGAGGCCUCAGCUGUACCACAGAGAGGAUGCCCGGAGUAAUUCUCUGCCUCCAGAGGUGCUGCAUUCCUCUGUUUACCAGCCUCCACUCAGGGAGAGAUUCAACUCUCUAGACAGCAACUACUGCUCCGGAGCUGAACACCGCACAGGGCUACACAGGGAUUUUGGCCGUGUGCCUCUCGGCUACGAGGAUCUGUUCAGAAGGAAGCAGGAACAGUGGGCUCAUCAUCACCACCAUCACAACGCCAACAGGCCCUCCCAGUCCUCCCCCAUCUUCACCAUUGAUUUUGGAAGUGAGCGUGUGGAGAGCAGUGGAGGCCAGUGUGUGGGGUGCAGGUUCAGAGGCGAGGAAAGUUUAGCGCACUACUCUCCGUGGUCCUGUGGUACCAUCGGCCCCUGCCUCGGCUCCUUUGAGCCUGAAACACUCACACACACCUCCGCUCACUCCUGCUCAGAGCAAUCGGAGUCGGACAGUAAUGCAGCUGGAGGUGGUGGCGGAGGUGGAGGCGGUGGCAGUAGUAGUGGUGUCGGGAAGCGAUGGCUGCAAUCCUUGGAUCACUACCGGCGCUUGAAAGACGAGGACCCGAUCAUUCCCUUUAGUGAGGGGCCCAUUAUCUCCAAGUGGGGUGCCAUAUCCAGGGCUUCUCGCACAGGCUACCACACCACCGAUCCUAUCCAAGCCACAGCCUGCCAGGGCAGUGCCAACACCACACCCAUCAACUUCAAAGAUUACAACCACCACUUAGGUCACAGUGACUACAGGUGGAGCUCCAGAGGAUCAGACUCUUCCAGCCACUCCAGUUUCCUAGAGAGUGAGCAGCUUUGUGCAUCAGAACUUCACUGCUGUCGAACCUCAAUAAGCAGUGGAGAGAAAAUCGUGUCUGAUCUGCAAGUUUGUCAGACCGCCUACAGCCGGGAUCGGGGCCAGGCCGAGAGCGAACCGGACCCAGAUCGAGACAUUGAGCUCGAACUUUGCGCUCUUGACUUGGAGGAUUCAGACCACCAGGACAUCAAGUCUCCGGAGUCUUUAGACCUGGUCACCCCACAGUCUCAGGAUGCUUCCCAUCUCCGGCCACCACCCUGCUCCUCUCCCCUCCUCUCUUCUCCUGUGGAGGAGCAGCCCCAAACAGAGGGUUUUUCGUCAGAAAAGAUAGAUUCUCACCUGCUUAAAAAGAUGGCCUUCAGGAAGUCUCUGUCUCCUGGAGGGUUAGUCUCAGGAGGUCUGGGUGCUGGCAAGCUUGUGCUUCGGACUGGACCUCCUCGACUGGGGGACACUUCCACCCGGGCUUGUCCUAAAAUGCCCGGGACAGAGAUGCUACUCAAUGGAAGCUAAAAGGACACAAAGUCAGACAAUGACCUGCGGCAAGCUAGAGCUAAGCCUACAACCAGAUCCUGGUUAAAGGGAAUAACGUUUGAUUUGAGCCUUUAUGUAUGUCAAUUAGAUGCCUAAAUAAGAGUUGACAGAUAUGGGUCAACAAUCUGUGCUGCGCCACGUUGUAAGGGGCAAGGGAAAACACAUUGUCCUGCCUCUUGAGUGGAGAUUUUCACCAAUUUAUAGCGCCACAGAGAAUUUAGUGAUAUAUUAGUAGAUGCUGAACUUGCGUCUAUGUUUGAAAUUUCAAUCUCCGGUCACAUUUAGAAGAUUUACUGGAGAUCUUACACCAUCUACACCACAUGGUUACUGAAUUUACAUGACAUUACACUCAUGAGGUUUAAACAUCAUCUAGUUAGCAUUCAUCAUGGCUGACAAAGACACACUUAUGUUUGAAAGGCCUUUUUUCACAUAAUUUCACAUGGUCCAUCACACAGCAAAAGCCUCUACAGUAGGUGCCACUUUUCUUUAUUAAUGUUUUCCUUUAUUUAUUCUGCAUGUGUUAUACGUAGUGUGAAUUGACAGCAGGGACUGAAAUUUCAACAUUUCUUACCAAAUUCUGCAUUUCUUCCAGAACUGAGGUUCAGUAUCGGUGAUAGUAAAUAUUACAACAUCAAGUCAUUUUCUACAGUAAAUAAUCAUUUAUUUUAAUGAAGUUAUAAAUAUAAUUUACUGUAUGUAAUUGCUAUUUUGCUUUUGUCUGUUUCCUCCAAGACAGGCACUGGUUUAGAGACACUUAGCUAUCAAAAGGUACAUCAAACAAAAAAGUGAUUAUUUAUCACUUUUUGUAACCUUAUGAAUGUCUGACAAUAAUUGUUCAAAUUGUGUAAUCUCUUUACAAGUCAAGGCAUUUGUUUCCGUAAGCUGCCAUACAUGGUAAUGCCCUCCCCCAGCUCAGUGCUACUGAUGCAUAGCCUUUGUUGUAUUGCUGCAUAAGACAUUUUUUAUAAUUAUUCUCCAAAAAAUCAAGGGAUAGAUGUAAUAAUACUGAGAAU